UUGAAGACGUAUUACCCGGGGGCGCCACCGAACUCCGAAGCAACCCAAUCCAGUUCCUAGGAGAGGGAGAAGCGCCGCCGCGGGCGCCGCCGUGAGGUUUGCCGGAGCCGCCGCCGAUGCUGCUGCGCGUGGUCUCCACCCUCCCCGCUCUCCGCCCGCUCCUCGUGCGGAGCUCGAUCUCCCUGAGCCGUAGGUCUCUGCUCCGCUCCCGCCUGCUGCCGCGGCCGUUCCGCGCCAUCUCGUCCUCCGCUCCUCCUCCCCUGGCCUCCCCGUCGGGCGCCAGGGACUUGGGGGAUGUGGACGUGGGGGAGGACCGCCUCCUUCGGUGCGUGGAGGCUGGGAGAGCGCCGCUGCGGGUGGCCGUGCUGGUGAGCGGCGGGGUCGACAGCAGCGUCGCGCUCCGCCUCCUCCACGCCGCCGGCCACCGCUGCACCGCCUUCUAUCUGAAAAUCUGGUUCCAGGAAGAUUUCAGGAACUUUUGGUCCGAAUGCCCGUGGGACGAUGAUUUGAAGUACGUACAAGCCGUGUGUGACAAGAUCAAUGUACCAUUGGAGGUAGUCCAUCUAUCUGAUGAGUAUUGGAACCAUGUGGUGUCUCACAUAAUUAACGAGUAUCGCAGUGGCCACACUCCAAACCCUGAUGUUCUUUGCAACACAAGAAUAAAGUUUGGGGCUUUCUUAGAAGCUAUUGAAAAUAUGGGAUUUGAUUACAUAGCUUCUGGACAUUAUGCACAUGUAGUUCAUCCAUCACUUGAUAAUGUUGAAGGGCCAUCAGUGCUCCAACUUUCAAAAGACAAGGUCAAGGAUCAAACUUAUUUCCUGUCACAUCUAUCUCAGACUCAGCUUAGAAGGCUUCUUUUUCCACUGGGAUGUAUAACAAAGGAUGAAGUGCGCAGGCUGGCCGCUCAGAUGGACCUACCUAACCAAGAUAGAAAGGAUUCACAGGGAAUAUGUUUUCUUGGCAAGGUCAAAUUUAGUGAGUUUGUUGAAAGGCAUAUAGGAGAGAUGGAGGGGAUAUUGUUGGAAGCUGAAACUGGAGACUACCUAGGGAUACACCGUGGUUUUUGGUUUUAUACAAUUGGUCAACGACAAGGAUUGCGCCUUCCUGGAGGACCCUGGUAUGUGGUUGAGAAAGAUGUUAAAAAUAAUGUGGUUUUCGUCUCAAGAAAUUACUAUUCACUGGAUAAGAGAAGGCGCACAUUUCGUGUUGGAUCGCUAAACUGGUUUAGCAAUUCUGGACCCAUAAACAAUGAGCAACUUAAAUGCAAGGUACGUCAUAGUCCUGAGUUCCAUCAUUGCACCGUGACCCAAGAGCAAACAUCAGAAAACAGAGUUAUUUUGGUGGUGCAUCUUUCUGAAGAUGAUCAGGGUUUAGCAGCUGGUCAGUUUGCAGCCUUCUACCGUGACAAUUUAUGCCUCGGAUCAGGCAUAAUUCUUGAUUCAUGGGACGAAAUGAAUUUUCCAGUCUGUGCAAGGGCUUUAGAAAUUGCUAAAAUGGAAGAUAAGUCCCGACUGGGGAAGCCAGUAAAGAUUAUGAACUUGGAACAUAUCGGGCAAUCACAGCAGGAGCCAGUCGAGGUUGCAUGAUGCUCAUCCGUGAUACUGCAAAGUUACCACUUACACGUCGACCCUGCAAAAUGCAGGAGUCGUGUUUCAGAAACUAGCAUUACACUGUCCCAAGAACUCCCCAGAUAGUUCUUCAAUGGAUGCAUGCGUUAGCGAGCUCACGUUCUAGACGAGAGUUCUCUGGAUGAAAAAGAUAGAUGAACAUCAUUGUCAUUGAAAGGGAUUUUCAGUCGUAUGCUACCGAUCUGUCAGGAGAUCAUACGAAGGAUCAAGGGUCUCCUUCCAUUGAUGUGCCGAACCGUCUAGAUCCUAUCAUCAGUUAGAGGCUUAGAGCAUUAUCCCAUUGAUCCUACUAGGAGUCGAGAAAUAUACACCUAAUUAGAGUUGUAAAUGUCAAACGGUAAUGUGGGCGAACGAUUUCAAUGCUAGAGGGGGCGAUUGUUUGGCCUUUGACAUUGGGCGAACAAUUAU